AUGGCUGACGACAAUCCCGUCACUGCGCCUGCCGAAGCUGAGAAGCCUGAGAACACCUCGGCCGACAGGCCGGACGAGGCGUCCGAGACUGUCGCUACCUCUGAUCAGAAGACAACUGAACCCGCUCACGCAACCGAUGACAAGAAGGAGGCCGAAGCUGAGAACAAGGAAUCAGCUGCAUCUGGCGAUGUGACGGAGUCCAAGAAUGACGGCGAGAGCGCCGCUGCCCCUGCCGACGCUGAGGCUGCUGCCCCGGAGACGAACGGAUCUGCGCCCGCCAAGAAGUCCGCGAAGGACCGUCGCCGCUCCAGCGGUGUCGGCGAGAAGUCUAAGCAACUGAGCCGCAAGAAGUCUCAGAUUCGUACCACCCAGCUGAAUGCGAAGCCAGGCGAGUAUUACUUGGCGCGCCUCCGCAGCUAUGCGCCUUGGCCCUCCAUCAUCUGCGACGAGGAGAUCCUGCCCAAUACGCUGCUCGACAAUCGCCCUGUAACCGCGAUGCAAAAGGAUGGAACCUAUCGCGCCGAUUACGCCGACGAUGGCAAGAGGGCACACGAGCGGACUUUCCCUGUGAUGUUCUUUGGGACCAACGAAUUUGCCUGGGAUGUCUCCGAGAAGAACAAGGCUAAGGGCCUAAUCGCCGCCUACAAAAUUGCCGCAGAAGGCCAUGACCUGCAAUACUUCAAGAGCCUGUUGGCAGACCACCAGGCUGCCCUGCAGCAGGAGAUCGAUGAAGCGGAGGCUGAAGAGAAUGCAAAGGCUGCGGCCAAAGCUGAGAAGGCGAAGAAGACCAAGCGCAAGAGCAAGGGCGCCGACACCGAUGUGGAUAUGGAAGAUGCGGAUGAGAAGAAGCCCAAGAGCUCGAAGAAGCGGAAAAACGAGACUGAGGCUGAGGCGGAGAAACCCGCCAAAACUCCCAAGACCUCGACCAAGCUGAAGUUGACCACCCCAAAGGCCCCCGCCGAGGAGAGCAGCAAGAAGACCCCUGCUAGCAAGACCAAGAAGGCCCCGGCCAAGAAGGGCAAGGCUGCUGCCAAGGACGAGGAGGAUAUUGCUGAGGCCAAGGAGCCAGAGAAGCAGAUUGACCCGGAGGAGUUGAAGAAGAAGAAAGAAAAAGAGGUUCUCUUCCUUCGUCACAAGCUCCAGAAGGGGUUCAUUUCCCGUGAUCAACCACCCAAGGAGGACGAGAUGGCCACGAUGGGCACUUAUUUCGACAAGCUGGAGAAGCACGCCGAUCUGGAAGUUUCGAUUAUUCGCUCGACCAAGAUCAACAAGGUCCUAAAGAUGAUCGUGAAGCUCAACUCGAUUCCUCGUGAUGAGGAAUUCAACUUCCGCCACCGUGCCAUGAACAUUCUGUCGAGCUGGAAGGCUGUCCUGGAUUCCGAUACCCCCGCGGGAGACAAGGAUUUCAAGCCCACUGCCAACGGAAGCUCCAAAGAGGAUGAGGGCGCGGAUACUCCCAAGCUAGAGACGGAGGAGGAGAAAGAGCCGGAGAGCAAGGCCGGCAAUGACGAUACCCCCAUGCCUGACGCCGAUGCAGACAAACCAGAAGAGACCGAGAAACACGAGGCCACCCAGGGUGACAAGCCCGCCGAGGAGAAGGCUGUGGAGACUAGCGCAUAA